AUGUCCGGCCGUGCUGGUGUGUGCAUGUCCUUCACUGUUGUGCUGUUCGUGUUGCAGCUGUCGUCCGCUGCAAAGCUAUCGGCCAAUGUCAACGGCCAAUUGCGGCCACAUGCCCAUCGACAGUUCCAUGACAGGCCUCUACACACAACAGUGAGCGCCGUCCACCUCUCCAAAAAGGUCAGCAUCGGUGCGGACACUGAGGAUGCAGACGGCAUGGGCGGCAUGGUGAAUGAGUUUGCGGAGAAGGGCGAAGUGAACAAGGCUGAGUCCCAGUCAGCCAAAGCCACGCAGCAAGAAGUCCAGAAGCAGGUGCAGCAGGAGUUUGUGAUGCCUUCCAGGGAAUAUAGCAUCCAGUUGGACAACCACUUGAAUGUUCAGUACAGCGGCCGCUUCACGAUCGGCGAGCAGGAGCUCCCAGUGAUCUAUGACACCGGAUCUUUCGAGGUGCUCGUCCUGUCGACCAAGUGCAACACAUGCGUCAAGACACUUUCCAUGUAUGACUACAAGAAGUCGCGCUCUUUUCGCGACAGCCCCAACCAUGUAGUUGCCGAGCAUGAGUUUGUCAGUGGAGAUGUGGUCACCGCGGAGGGCUUCGAAACUCUUCGCUUGGGGAGACAAGACUCUCCGGUCACCACCUCGGACAUGACCUUCUGGAUGGUGCAGAGCCACGAGCUGAAAUUCUGGAAAACCGGGCAUGCCAUUUUCUCCGGAAUCGUUGGCCUCUCUCACGUGAAGAGGCUCCCGGAUGGCUUCAGCGGCGAUGCCCGAGAAGACAAGUCUCUUCUCGAGGAGAUGCACCUGGAUGCCUUCGCUCUUUGCUACCAGCGAGGCGGCACCUCAAGCCCGGGCUGGCUGAAGAUCGGGCCAUCCAUCAGUGCCAUGGCUCACAGCCCCAAUUUCCAGUCGGUGGACGUCUCAGGGGACAGCCACUGGGCAACGAAGCUUUCCCAGUUCAAGGUGGACUUAGACGGAAUUGACACUUCCAGCCUUUGCAAGCCGUCAUGCGGGGCCCUCAUCGAUUCCGGCACAUCCCUGCUGACCUUUCCACGUUCCGCGAGCCACAUCACCGAAGCUUUGAAGCAGAAGGUAAAGAGUGACUGUAGCAACUUGGACGAGCUGCCAACCUUGUAUUUUGAGCUGGAUGGGGCCGAGGUUGUCUUGCCACCCCGGGCAUACAUCUUUAAGGUUGUGGACAACAACGGCCACCCAUAUUGCAGAGGGGCCUUCAUGAAGGUGGACAAGGAGUCCCAGUUUGGAGAGGUCUUCAUCUUGGGUAUGCCUUUCUUGCGGUACUACUUCACAGUCUUUGAUCGCCAGAACAAGAAAGUGCACAUUGCCAGGUCCACGGAAGACUGCCAGGUAGCCCCGCACAUGUCUCUGCUCGCAACGAACUCGAGCGCCUCAGGGCGCGCCGGACGGCACGGGUUUGCCUCUGCCGACUUCCUGCAGGCCACUGAGGCCGAUCUCAACGAUGUGAUCUCGCCACCUUGGACAAGCACUGCUGAGAAGUUCAUUCGCCUCUGA